ACAGUGACCUUCCAUGACGUGGCUGUGAACUUCACCCCAGAGGAAUGGUUAUGCCUGGAGGCCUCUCAGCGGAAGCUCUACAGGGACGUGAUGCUGGAGACCUACCAGAAUCUGCAGGCUUCAGGAGCGAAACCUUUUGCAUGUGAAACAUGUGGGAAGGCCUUUGAUCAAUCAUCACAUCUUAUGCAUAGGAGAAUUCAUACAGGAGAGAAACCUCAUGAAUGUCAGACAUGUGGGAAGGCCUUCAUUCAGACCUCUAGUUUUAAUGGACCUAUGAAAACUCAUAGUGCAGAGAAGCCUUCUAUAUGUCAGGAGUGUGCUAAUGCCUUUACUCGAUCCUCAGGCCUCAGUAUACAUAGAAGUAUUCACACUGGAGAGAAACCGUAUAUAUGUAAGGAAUGUGGGAAGGCCUUUGCGAAAGCCUCAAGUCUUAGUGUACAUAGGAGAAUUCACACUGGAGAGAAACAAUAUAUAUGUAAGGAAUGUGGGAAAGCCUUUGCGAAAGCCUCAAAUCUUAGUGUACAUAGGAGAAUUCACACAGGAGAGAAACCGUAUAAAUGUAAGGAAUGUGGGAAGGCCUUUGCUCAAUCCUCAAGCCUUGGUGUACAUAGGAGAAUUCACACUGGAGAGAAACCGUAUACAUGUAAGGAAUGUGGGAAGGCCUUUGCUGGAGCCUCAGGACUUAUUGCACAUAGGAGAAUUCACACUGGAGUGAAACCAUAUAUGUGUAAGGAAUGUGGAAAGGCCUUUGCUUUGGCCUCAAGACUUAGUGAACAUUGGAAAAUCCACACUGGAGAGAGACCCUAUGUUUGUAAGGAAUGUGGAAAGGCCUUUAUUUUGGCCUCAAAACUUAGUGUACAUAGGAGAAUUCACACUGGAGAGAAACUGUAUAUAUGUAAGGAAUGUGGGAAGUCCUUUGCUGAAUCCUCAAAGCUUAGUGUACAUAGGAGAAUUCACACUGGAGAGAAACCGUAUAUAUGUAAGGAAUGUGGGAAGUCCUUUGCUGAAUCCUCAAAGCUUAGUGUACAUAGGAGAAUUCACACUGGAGAGAAACCGUAUAUAUGUAAGGAAUGUGGGAAGUCCUUUGCUGAAUCCUCAAAGCUUAGUGUACAUAGGAGAAUUCACACUGGAGAGAAACCGUAUAUAUGUAAGGAAUGUGGGAAGUCCUUUGCUGAAGCCUCAAGCCUUCGUGUACAUAGGAGAAUUCACACUGGAGAGAAACCGUAUAUAUGUAAGGAAUGUGGGAAGGCCUUUGCUGGAGCUUCAAAACUUACUGUACAUAGGAGAAUUCACACUGGAGAGAAACCGUAUAUAUGUAAGGAAUGUGGAAAGGCCUUUGCUACAGCCUCAAGCCUUAAUGUACAUAGGAGAAUUCACACUGGAGAGAAACCGUAUAUAUGUAAUGAAUGUGGAAAGGCCUUUGCUUUGGCCUCAAGACUUAGUGAACAUUGGAAAAUUCACACUGGAGAGAGACCCUAUGUUUGUAAGGAAUGUGGAAAGGCCUUUAUUUUGGCCUCAAGACUUAGUGUACAUAGGAGAAUUCACACUGGAGAGAAACCGUAUAUAUGUAAGGAAUGUGGGAAGUCCUUUGCUGAUGCCUCAAGCCUUAGUGUACAUAGGAGAAUUCACACUGGAGAGAAACCGUAUAUAUGUAAGGAAUGUGGGAAGGCCUUUGCUAAAUCCUCAAGCCUUACUAUACAUAGGAGAAUUCACACUGGAGAGAAACCGUAUAUAUGUAAGGAAUGUGGGAAGUCCUUUGCUGAUGCCUCAAGCCUUAGUGUACAUAGGAGAAUUCACACUGGAGAGAAACCGUAUAUAUGUAAGGAAUGUGGGAAGGCCUUUGCUAAAUCCUCAAACCUUACUAUACAUAGGAGAAUUCACACUGGAGAGAAACCGUAUAUAUGUAAGGAAUGUGGAAAGGCCUUUGCUGGAGCCUCAAGACUUAGUGUACAUAGGAGAAUUCACACUGGAGAUAAACCUGAAAAAAAAAAGGAAUGUGGAAAGUCCUUUGCUGAAGCCUCAUACCUUUGUGUACAUAGGAGAAUUCACACUGGAGAGAAACCAUAUAUAUGUAAGGAAUGCGGAAAGGCCUUUACUUCAUCCUCACAAUUGACUAUACAUAGGAGAAUUCACAGUGGAGAGAAACCGUAUAUAUGUAAGGAAUGUGGGAAGUACUUUGCGGAAGCUUGCUGA